CUGCUGGCGCUGGGCCUGGUCCUGGCGGCGCUGGGCGCGGCGUACGGGCAGCAGCACCGCGCCGACUACGACCGAGAGGCGCUGCUCGGAGGGCAGGAGGAGGCGGAGGAGUACGCGCGGCUCAGCCCGGAAGAGCAGCAGCGGCGGCUGAAGGCCAUCGUCCGGAGGAUCGACGCGGACGACGACGGCCUGCUCAGCAAGGAUGAGCUGAGCUCCUGGAUACAGCAGUCAUUUAAACACUACGUUACACAAGAAGCUAAGCAACACUUCCAAGACUAUGACAAAAAUGGUGAUGGAUUAGUGUCCUGGAAGGAGUACAACUUACAAAUGUACGAUCGCGAAAUUGAUUUUGAUGAGAACACUGUCCUGGAGGAUCAAGAGGAAGAAUCAUUUCGACAGGAGAAAAAGCGUUUUGAAAAAGCUAAUAGGGAUGAUGAUCCUGAUCUAACUGUGGAUGAAUUUAUUGCUUUUGAACAUCCCGAAGAAGUGGAGUAUAUGACGGACUUUGUCAUUGAGGAGGCUUUGGAAGAACAUGACAAAGAUGGUGAUGGAUUUGUGAGCCUGGAAGAAUUCCUUGGUGAUUACAGAAGAGACCCAACUGCCAAGGAAGAUCCAGAAUGGAUACUUGUUGAGAAGGAUCGAUUUGUGAAUGACUAUGACAAGAAUAGUGAUGGGAAACUCGACCCUCAAGAGCUGUUAGCCUGGAUAGUACCUAAUAACCAGGGCAUCGCACAGGAGGAGGCUCUUCACCUGAUUGAAGAAAUGGAUCUGAACAAUGAUAAAAAGCUUUCUGAGGCAGAAGUUCUUAAGAACCAGGAUUUGUUUCUUAACAGCGAAGCAACGGAUUACGGCAGGCAGCUUCACGAUGAACGCUUCUACCACGAAGAACUUUAGAUUAUUUAUUUUGUAAUCUGUUUUUCUUCCCCUUCUUUCAUUGGGAGCCUUUGUUAAAUGCGCUCACUUUUCAGCUUUGUUGCAAGUUUUAUGCUGUAAUUACAAUAGAAUAACGUUUGUGUAAAUACUUAGCAUUCAAAAUGGAAUUGCCCUCCUGCAGACUUCCUUAGGCCUCUUCUCGCCUUCAAAAUUCAUCUUAAAUACUUACUCCAAAAUUACAUAGCAAUGGGAAAGAAAUUAGUUAAGGUAUAGCACUGUAUUGUGCAGGGCUGUGUGACUAUACUUCAAAUAAAUGGAUAAUCUAAAUGGCUGUGAAGGAAUUCAAAACCGAAAAUGAGACUACUAUUUUUUUCUAAUCAGUUUAAU